UGACAGCAGUUGCAGUUUCGAUUUUAUAUUGAGACAAGUGUACUUACGCAAAAUUGAAAAUGUACUUGGACAAGAUUAAAAACGUAUUUACGUAUAAUACUAGUUGGAAAACAUAUGGAGUUAUGCUGAGCCUAAUUAUUGCAAGUGUUUUAAUAGAUCCAGGUCGUACAGACGGGUCGUCGAUUUUUAAGUGUCCAACAUCGGGAUCAGGGCGUCUUCGAUAUGGAGAUAAAUGUCAAUAUGAAUGUCAUUGUGUAAACCAGUCUGAGCAGUGUGACGUCUUAACAGGUGCCUGCAGCAGUGGAUGCGACUUUAACUGGGUAGGACCCGGAUGUCAAUUUAAAAACAUUGCAUUCCGUCAAGACUCGCGACACGUAAGUAAUAUUUACCCUCCGUUGUAUUCUGACUUGGCUAAUGAUGACUCUCUAACAACAUGUAGCCGUACGUCUGACAAAAACUCAGUGGCACCUUGGUGGAACAUAUGGAUACCGGAGUAUGCAACAGUUAGGAAAAUUGAGUUGCUCACAACAGCAAACAUAACAAACGAUUUCUCGUACUUUGAAGUAACAGUGUUCAAUACAACAAAUGUAAAUUUUAAAAAUAAAGAAAAUCUGACAGAAGGGGUAGUUUGUUAUAAUCACAAUAACAUUAUACCAAAAGAGAAACACAUACUAAUAACAUGCAAUGGAUAUCCGGUCGGUAAUUUAGUACGAUUGCAACUUGCGACCGCAAAUGUUCAACUCGUACUCUGCGACAUCAGAAUAUACGAAGACUGUAACAAUAGGUUUUAUGGAAGAUAUGGCUGUGAGAAUUGCAGCGAAAACUGUAGUGAAACUCAUUACACGGGCCAAAUGACGUGCAAUUUACUCGAUGGGGGCUGCUUGGAUGGUUGUAAGGCUGGUUGGACAGGUUACCGCUGUGAAACUGAAUGUGACGAUGGUAAAUGGGGCAUAAACUGUACAAAUGAUUGUGGAAGCUGUUUGUCCUCACCAUGUAACCAUGUGAAUGGACGUUGUGAAGGCGGGUGUAGUUCUGGGUACAAGUCGACAUUACAAUGUGACAUCGAAUGUGAUCCCGGCUAUUAUGGAAGAGAUUGCAAACAGAAAUGUAAUCGGACAUGUUCUGAGAUAGGAAGCGCUUUGUGCUAUAACGUAAAUGGCACUUGCAUCAACGGCUGUAUAGCCGGGUAUGAAGGUUCAUAUUGUGAAUUUGAAUGUGACGAUGGUAAAUGGGGCAUAAACUGUACAAAUGAUUGUGGAAGCUGUUUGUCCUCACCAUGUUACCAUGAGACUGGAAGUUGUGACGGCGGGUGUAGUUCUGGGUACAAGUCGACAUUACAAUGUGACAUCGAGUGUGAUCCCGGCUAUUAUGGAAAAGAUUGCAAACAGAAAUGUAAUCGUACAUGUUCUGAGACUGGGGACGCGUUGUGCAAUAGCGUAAUGGGCACUUGCAUCAACGGCUGUAUAGCCGGGUAUGGAGGCUCAUAUUGUGAAUUGGUUUCAGACAGGGCUUUAAGCAUAACAGACCCGAUUCCUGGAGAUGAUGAAGCAUCAAAGCUGAAACUAGUUUUGAUAUGUCUGGGGAGCUUUUGUUUGAUUAUUGUUGUGUACGCAACAGUAAUAACAGUAUUGUUCAAACGUAAGACGACGCAAAAUGAAAAUGACGGAACCGGUGGGGCUUUUAAUCGACCUUUAAGCACAUAUGCAUGUACAGACGAUACCUUUCAAGCAACAAUUGCAGAAACAGCUGCAGCAAUACGAAUUGAUCCAUCUGUGGACAAUAGAGAAUCCCAUUUCUACACAAAUCUUACUCCCAAAACAGAAAACGACGAAGGGACAUACGACGCUAUCGAACUAGAAUGAUCAGUUAAUGUUAACCUGUAACAAACUGAAAAUGAAAGUGAUUUGUUAUAGCCACCAUUUAUAGACAUUAUUGAUUAGACAGAAUCCCUAAAAACGCCCAAAACGACAAAAUGUAAAUGUUGCAGGCUCGGUUUGAUUGAGCUAGUUUAUGGACGGUAUGGCAAAGUGCAAGUUACCGUCACCGCUCACAAACACCGGCUGAAUCAGAAUUUAACAUUUAAACAAGAAAGUGGUGUAAAUUUGAAUUUUGAAACAUCCGCAGAUGUGUUCAUACGACGGCAAGCCACUCUUAUAAACAUUAAAUAGAAAUAAGAAUAUUUUACAUUUACCAAUAGCUUGUAUUGCAUUGUAAAAUUUGCAUUAUAUCUUUAAGUAUCAAAUGGUGGGUUGAUAAGUUUUCCUUGCAGUACUUUUCUUUUACUGUAUGUGACUGUUUAUGCAAGUUAUUAUUGUAAGUUAAUAUGUCUACUUCUCAGCUAAUACUGCAUUAUCUUUAACUUUUCCACAAUCAGGUCAGCAUCGUUAUGUUUAUAUUGUAAAUUCACCAGCAGGAAAAUUUUAUAAACUCAUCGAGACCUAUCAUUGUUAAUAUCUUAUCAUGAUUUUGCUUCUGAGACUACGAACAAUACUUGCAUGGUGAACUAUGGAAAGGUUUUUAAAAAUAUUUCGACCAUCAUGAAAAGUUGUCUUUGCAUAUCCCUUAGCAUGUUUAAAUUCUUAAAUGGCUUUUUUAUUCUAUUUUUUAUAAAAGUACAUUACCUGGUAGGACAUGUGCAUGGUCGUCUGGAUCUAUAUUGGUUGAAAAGGUUUAUCACUUAU